GACCACGGUGGAGGACUUGCAAGCCCUGAAAAGCACAAAAGCCGGGAAGACACCGGACAUGGGUUCUUGUGCGUCAGUUCACAAGGAGGACGUUGGGCUGCCCAAGAAGCUGAGCCUCGCCUUGUCGUUGCCGUCCAAGGUCGAUCUCAAGCGCAAGAUCAAGGUGUUCGGCCCCAGCAGCAGGAGCGUCGACUCUGCUAGCUUGGUGCCUGGGUCCAUGGACUCCCUACAAAAAAAAAAACUUGGAUCCACUAUGGACGGCAAGACACAUCAUCUGCUGCCUUGGAGUGACCAUGGCCAAGAAGACGUUGUUCGUACCCGUUCCCCGGUGCUGUCCGGCGAGUUAGUGCUUGGGCGCUCUUCAACGCCUUCGUUUUUGUUGUCUCCUAUGAUCUUUCGCUACACGCUCGGCCACUACCACAUGCCCUGCAUCCAGUUUGAGGCGAGCCGCAGCCACGACAUCGACGGCAUCCAUCAAUCCUGGAUCCUUCGACAUCUGGAUGGACCCUAGCUCACUCAUGGACUACGACGAUGGGCUCAUCAGUAUCACCUGCCACAUCAUCGACAUCACCGUCUCCAUGUCGUUCUGUUGUUUGUCCCUGCUACCAAGUCACUCAAUGCUUGGUUUCUCUCAACAAAUUUCACUCAUUACAUUGGAUCAUUGUGCUGUACUGGUGAAAAUAAUUGUGUGUGUGUGUGAUUGCAUUUUUUAUAUGAUUGAUGUUAUGAUGGUUAAUCACAUUAUACACUGGGCGAUCAAACUAAUAUCCAUAUAUCUUGCAUCAAUAUUGUAGUUAUUGAUGACAUAACUUGUGAGGAAAGACCAUGGUAAAUGAAGAGACAACGUUA